AUGUCAUCAGACGCAGAAGUCAUUAUAUGCUAUUGUCUUAAGUGUGGACUUAAGGUCGGCAGCUUUGAUAAUUCAUGGGAAGGUCUCGGGAAGACUUAUUAUAUACCUAAAGUCAUAAAAGAUGCCACAGGAUUAAAAGGAGUUGGUUCUAUCAAACUAGCAACUGGUCCAGCACAGGUUGGAACUAUCAUAGAAAAUAGUUCUCUCCAAGAUCUGGCCUGCGCAAAUUGCCGUGAGGUAUUUGGCCUGCUAUGCGAUAAUGCACCAGAAGGACAUCUGUUAAAAAAGGAUCAAUUACUCAUAUGUGCCAAGAAGAUAUCGAUGAAAUUGCAACAAACAGGGGAAAAAGCAACGUUAUCAGUCACAAAAACACAUGACUUGAAGAAAUCCUCAAAUAAGUCAAGCUCACUGUCCAGGCGACCAUCGUCAAUCCUGCCCAGGACUUCGGGUCCCGGCGAAAUAUCCCGCCAAAGUAUAGAAAAGUCUUUCACUCCGGCAGCAUCUUCACCGUCGAUACUUGGCGAUGCAAAAAUCAUGUCAGCGAUUUGUGAGCAACGAAAAGAUAUUGAUCGAAUUGAUGCUGCUGUAGGUCGCCUUGAGAAUGACAUGCAGGGCGUUAAGAUCUUCAUGGAAAAUAUGCGCCGUGAAAUGACCGCGAUUCAAAACGCUCGUUCUGUAGCUACAAGUGUCGUCGAAACCCUUCAGCAUGAUCUCAUCUGCGUGACUGAGAAAGCUGAUGGAGUGAAUGAUCUUCGUACAGAGCUUGAUUCUCUGAAAACUUGGGUCGAGCAGAUGAAAAAACCCAAUAGAAGGAAUAAUCUUCGUUCGGAGUUUGAUUCUCUACACACUCGAGUUGAGGAGAUGGAGGGAGCUAGUGUGGUGAAUGAUCUUCGUACAGAACUUGAUUCUCUACGCACUCGGGUUAAGGAGAUGGAGAGGGAUAGAGCCUCUCGCAAGGCUUCAACCUCAGACGCUCGAGUAAUAACCACUCCUGCAACUUCUGACGAAUUACAAGAAGGUCAAAUUCUGCCCAGAUUAAUAUCCAAUAAAACACGCAGUCCGCGUAAUAAUGCAAGAGAUCUUUCAAUGUUUGAAGGUAUCAGGUCCUUGCAUCGGAAGCGCCGGUACAGUGAAGCUGAAUAUGACCAAAUGGAAGUUGAGACUUCGAAGCUUGCAGAGUUUGGAAAAUGUAAACGUAGAAAAGAAACGGAAGCUCAACAAGAUGAAGACACAAGAUCUCUCUCAAUACCUCCUACUCGUUCACAAAGUAGAGAACCCGCUACUCCUUCCAAACCUCGCAUCGAAUCUCCUAUUCUCGGUCGUUACGAUACGAAUGGCGAUGUCGACCGUACUAAACAAGACGACAACAUUCAGCACAUCGAGCAAGAUACCGAAAGACAAAUUUCGGAGUCACCCUCUCAACAAAUCGAAACUGAAAUGAACACUCCCAGUGGAUACAACAACCAUGACGUACACCAACAAGUGCAACACAUUGCAAAAGCUACUGCAAUGAACACUCCCGACGAAAGUGAUAAUAUUGACGAACAUCAAGAUUUGCAGAUUAUGUCAAAAGCCAGUGAAAAGAGUAAUUCUAAUGAACCUAAAAAUAAAGGGCGUCAACAUCUACGGAACAACUCAAAGGCUACUCAAACAAAUAAUCUUAAUGAAAACAACAAUAAUGAAGAACAUCAAAAUCUGCAGCACGUCUCACAAGCUACCUCAAAUACACUCCCGGAUUCAUCUCAAGCGAUUUCUCCAGCUCAACCACUCAAUAUUCCUCCAGCAAUAAAUGGGAAUCCGUUUACGUCUCAUCUAGAUCAACCCCAACAGAAUCACCGAAGUCGGAAACAAUUGGAAAUCCCCAACUCUUCUCAAUCAGAAUCCUCACAGAACACCCAAGAACAACAGCUUCCAUCUAAUUCCCGUCGAGGUCCCGGCCGUCCUAAAGCUGCUCCAAAAAAAUACAAUCGUUUCACUCCACAUAAACAAGAUCGUUCCGCUGCUGAUACACCCCACUCUGCCCGAGGUCCUGGCCAUCCUGAGGACGCUCUAAAUAAAGAAAAGCAAAGUACAUCUCAAUCAAGUACACCUCAAUCCCACCCACGUCGUGGCCGUCCUAAGGGAGCCUCAAAGAAACCUUUCAUUACUUCCGGUACUUUUUCAAAUGGGCCCGGUAGUGAGGAACUACCUACACCAGGGAGAGCAUUGCGGGGCCGUAUACUUCCCGUUCCAAAUUCAAGUCCUUUGGUCAGAGAAUUUGCAAAUAAACAAAGCAAUCUGGUGGUUUAUUUGACCUCUGGCAACGAACGUGAGGGCUCUGAGCCUCCUGGAGAAAUUAAUGAUAGUCCGAUGCAAACUAUUAAGCCCCAAAAGACUCAUGUCUCGGUACCCCUUAAUAAUGAAAAAGAGAAUCCGUCUCACCCUGCCAAAAGACAGCGAAGAAAUACGCGCAGUUCUCGUCAAAGGCCUUCUGUUGACUUGGAUAAAGCUCUCGCUUCCAGACCCGAAUCUGGGGAUACCACAAGCGAUGAGGCAGUAGAGAGUGAUUCUAUGGAUACCGGAAACGAGAGACAGACGAGAUCGAUUUCGAGACGUUCAAGGGAAUUCAAAGGGUCGCCAGUGGGUGAUGAUGACAACUACACGCCGCCUCGUUCAGUGAAGUAUUAUGUGAAGCUUAAGAGGAAGAGAGCGCAAAGUGAGCAGAGCAAAGAAGAGGAUCGAGAAGGAGGAAAGGGAAAUGAGAACGGAGAUGCACAGGAUGAUGAACGGGAGAGGCAAGGAGAAAGAGGAAGGGAAAGAGAACGUCCAAAAGAACAAGAAAGACGAGAAAGAAGAAAAAGUACACGAAGGGGAGAAGUAGAGGGGGGAGAGGAAUUGGCCAAGGAAAUUUUGGAGAGGGAAGGGGAAAGAGGACGAGAAAGAGAAAGAGGACGAGAAAGAGAAAGAGGACGAGAAAGAGAAAGAGGACGAGAAAGAGAAAGAGAACGUCCAAAAGAAGAAGUAAGAAGAGAGAGAGGGAAAAGUACACGAAGGAGAGAAAUAGAAAGGCGCGAAGAAUUGGUCAAGCAAGCGUUGGAGAGGGAAUGA